AUGGAUGCCCUGAAAUCCGCCGGCAGAGCCAUCAUUAAGAGCCCCGGAGUUCCGCGGCACACAUGGGGAACUUCCAAGCACGAAAAGCUGCCAGAGAACUGGACGGACACCAAGGAGACUCUACUGGAAGGGAUGGUGUUCAAUGUGAAGUACCUGGGUAUGACACUGGUGGGCCAGCCCAAAGGAGAAGAUAUGGCCUCAGCAGCCAUUCGCAGGAUUGUUGCCACAGCCAGAGCCAGUGCUAAGAAGUUUCGUAAAGUAACACUGACAGUCUCACCGAAAGGCAUCAUCAUCUCAGACACGGAGACUACAGACCUCAUAGAGAAUGUCUCCAUAUACAGAAUCUCAUACUGCACCGCAGAUAAAACUCAGGAUAAGGUCUUCGCAUACGUCUCUCAGAGUCAGUUCAAUGAGACCCUGGAGUGCCAUGCGUAUCUCUGCCAAAAGAAGAAGAUUGCUCAGGCUGUGACAUUAACGGUAGCCCAGGCCUUUAAAGUGGCCCUAGACCUUUGGGAGAUUGCUCAGGAAGACAAGAGCAAGAAGGCGAGGACCUGCUGUUCCUGUGCAGCAAGCAAUGGGCUGACCGAGACAACAGGCACUCAGUGUGUUCAAGCAAAUCCAGAUGCACAUAAGCCCGCUGGGAUGGAGGAGAAGCUCCGGAGGCCUUUCUUCUCUGCCUCGCUCAGCUCACCCUCGCCCCGUAGUAACCCCAGUCGAAGGCGACCAAUCAAACAUGACUCUUGGGAUGUGGAGGAUGGAUUCGAUGAUGCGUUCUCAAGAACCACAUCCCUGACAGCAACAAGACAGCCACUACUCAAGCUGAUUCAAGAGCCAGCUGUUAAAAUUGAAGAGCUUCAACAAGACAUGUGA